GAAGGACCAAGCCCUUAACGACAUCUUUUAAUGUUUUGAGACCUGUCGUGUUCUAACAUAUUUCUUUUAAUGUGAUGUAGUGUCACAUGUAGAUGAUUUUUUUUUGCUUUAAUUAAAGCUAAAAACUACUCUGAAUGCGGUGGGCGUUUUCAUCACUGCUUCACGACAUCUGGCACCCGGAUCAAUAAAUACAGCUCGUCUAGCAUCGAGGUAGCUUAGCUUGUGCUAACGGCGAUGCUGACAAACGGGCUGGCAGCGAGGUUCCCUAUAACCACAGCCCGGUGGGAUUGCAUCAGUGCCUGGAUGAUGUCCGCCCAGGAUCCAGCAGCCUGCUAAUACCUGAGCCGGCCCGGCUAGCUGAUGCUGAUGACUGGCUGUUUCCUGCCAUUGAUUUGCAGUGGGAGGCACCAUGGCCGGUAAGGUGAAGUGGGUGACAGACAUUGAGAAAUCAGUGCUCAUCAAUAACUUUGAGAAAAGGGAAUGGCUUCAAGUUACGGAAAACGACGACUGGAAUUUCUACUGGAUGAGCAUCCAAACCAUCAGGAAUGUGUUCAGCGUGGACACCGGCUACCGCCUGUCAGAUGACCAGAUGGUCAACCACUUCCCCAACCACUACGAGCUGACCCGAAAGGACCUAAUGAUCAAGAACAUCAAGCGCUACCGAAAGGAGCUGGAGAAGGAAAGCAGCCCGCUUGCAGAGAAGGACGAGAAUGGAAAAUACAUUUACCUGGAUUUCGUCCCGGUGACGUUCAUGCUCCCCGCCGACUAUAACCUGUUUGUGGAAGAGUUUCGUAAGAAUCCGUCCAGCACCUGGAUCAUGAAGCCAUGCGGAAAAGCCCAGGGCAAAGGCAUCUUCCUCAUCAACAAACUGUCCCAGAUUAAAAAGUGGUCGCGAGAUAGCCGCACCUCAACGUUUGUGGCAGCAUCUAGUGGUAAAGAGGCUUAUGUCAUCUCCCUGUACAUUGACAACCCUCUGCUGAUAGGAGGGAAGAAGUUUGACCUGCGCCUCUACGUUCUGGUGACAACCUAUCGGCCCCUGAAAUGCUACAUGUACAAGCUGGGCUUCUGCAGGUUCUGCACAGUGAAGUACACGCCCAGCACCAGUGAACUGGACAACAUGUUCGUCCACCUCACUAAUGUGGCCAUCCAGAAACACGGGGACGACUACAACCACGUCCACGGAGGCAAGUGGACCGUCAGUAACCUGCGCUUGUACCUGGAGAGCACCAGAGGGAAGGAGGUGACCAACCGGUUGUUCGACCAGAUCCACUGGAUCGUGGUGCAGUCGCUGAAGGCCGUGGCCCCUGUGAUGAACAACGAUAAGCACUGUUUUGAGUGUUACGGGUAUGACAUCAUUAUUGAUGACAAGUUGAAGCCAUGGCUCAUUGAGGUCAAUGCCUCCCCCUCGCUGACCUCCAGCACAGCCAACGACCGCAUCCUCAAGUACAACCUCAUCAAUGACACGCUCAACAUAGUCACACCCAACGGCGAGAUCCCGGACUGCCGCUGGAACCGCAGCCCGCCGCGGGAGGCUCUGGGCAACUAUCAAGUCCUCUACGACGAGGAGCAGGCUCAGAGCGAGAAUGCCGAGCGCGACCUGCGGAGCCGCUCGGGUCAGUCGCUGGGGUCAAAGAGCGCCAAGGGGAGUGCAGGCGCUCGCAUCGCCGCCGCCACCUGGAAGUGAGGUGAAGCUGCCGGCUCGUAAUGACUUCCCGGACGAUACAACGGACACCACCUGUGGGGCAUGUGGAGUUAAAAAAAAGGACCACCCGGACUCUUUUUUUUUUUUUUGUUUUCAACCCUUCAGAGGAUUUCUCCCUCUCUCCUGUGGCACUGGGAGGAGCAAUGACAACACCACUGGAGAUGAUAUAUAAAAAAAAAAAUCAACAAUCCAACAAUUAUAUUUGGAGAGUUUGAAAGCUGUAACUCAUUCUGGUGGGGGUCAUAUCAGUUCCAUUUCAUUUAACGGUCUUUCACCAAGUGAUGCGGUUGUGUUACCCAGAUCAAGCUCUUCAUCCCAUAAAUCAUAAAAGAGACAUUGAACAGCUCCCUCCGCUCCGAUUCCUGCAGAUGCAACAGGAGCAACGAGGCCAGGAAGUGGGCGAGGACGCCCCGCCUGAACUAUGCAUGAUCAUUGAUUACUGACACUUUAACUUGACCUGCCACAUAGGUGCUAAUACGAAGAUAUACUGUAUGUAUGGGAAAGUAGGUAGUAAAGGUUAUUAAGAGGCACAGGAGUAACGCACAUGGUGAGAAGAUAUUAUAUAACAAGAGAGAUGAUAGUUGAUAGGCAGAAUUAGCAGAACUAAAUGUUAAAUUAAAACGAUUUAAUAAUGUUUUUUUAUAUGUUUCGUUUUCGGUAUGUACAUGCUGCAGGAUCUCAUCAAUAUUGAUUGUAUUCAGCGCUGAACCCUUUGCACUUUAUUUGUGCUUCCGUAUUAAAUAUAUUUCCCAUGUUGCAUUUUGAGUUGGACCUGACGCCGCAUCCACUGCACAUUUAAAACGCUUUAAAUGCCACCGUGUUGGGAAUGUAUCCACUCUGCGUCUUUCACCCAAAUGCUGAGCUAUGGGAGCACACGAUAAGUACAUAUCCUCAUUUUAGAAAACACACCGAAGUAGGGCUGGAUGAAAAAAUCUGAUUAAUAUCUAUAGACUUUAUCAUAUUUAUAUAAAACUAAGUUUCUGUUUUUUAGUAUUGAUUAUUUUCUCCGUUAAUCUAAACCACAAACAUCAAAUCUAUGUAUUAUUUUUACUUGAAAAGAACAAUUGUGUCUGAAUAGUUACAGAUGAAUUGCGUGUUGGACUAAAAACAAAUCAACUAAUCAUUGCAGCUCUACUUCUGUCUGACUUCUUAUCAAACUAUUUAUCAAACAAUGUUCAGGGUAAUCAUGGCGUUCCUGUUUAAUGUCAUUUUAGUCAGUGGUGUGCACGCUCACCAAUCAAGUGAGCAAUGAGUGCUUUUACUCAAUGUGCCCCAUGAUUGUUGUUCAACAAGGCCCAUUCUCCUCUGAUUAGGUAACAUGCUAACGUCACAUGCUUUCUUUACUUCAUAAAAUGUAAAUUUAUCGCAUUUUAAUUUUUUUUAAACUCAUGUAGGGCCCCCCCCCAGCAGCCGUUGAGGAGUAUAAUCUCUUCAGAGUUUCGAUUAAUCAAAGCUCAGUCCGUCAAAAGCCAAAUGACCUCUGUGCUCUUGCCGUUACCAUGGCGGCAAAGUAGGUCUCUGCGACCGCUCCUUGACGUCGAAGGUUUGACUCGGACACGCAAUGUGCGGAAGCCGUGCGGUAGCUGUUCAGGUGUGUGAUCUCUAACCAAAACCUACAAAGCAAAUAACCUGUAUUAGUCUUCGCUGGGUUGUAAGAAAUUUUCAAUCUGUUUGCGCUAGAGACCAAAUAUAGAAUAGAGAUAAGAAACGGGGUUAACCUAAAGCAAGGUUCCCACCAUCAGUUCUGUUUCAUUACCGUGUGUUUACAUGAUCCAAACAGCUUAUACGUCUCUUUUUUUUCUUCCUUUUCAAUAAAACAUCCCUAGUGAUGCUGCCUUGUCGAUAA